UGCGCAGACGCAAGGUCUGAGCUCAGAGCGUGACUAUAUUGUCGCAUGUCUUGGGCUAUAAAAAUCCAACAGCCAGUCUGCCUUUGAAGACAUCAGUUUACACGGUUCUUGACAGACUGAUAGCAAGCCUGGAAGAAGGAAGCUUCGUAUCAACUAUUCACCUGCUUCCACUGAUAUACUAGCCAACUCAAUCCAUUUAAGAUUCCUGUAAGUCUCUGACAUGAAGCUCUAUGUGUUAGUUUCUACUGCCGUCCUGCUUGGAGCCUUCCUUCCGCGUCAUGAGUGUAGAGCAAUUGAGAGCCCGGGAGCUGUCCACUACGAGCCUGACGCUCAGCCACAUCAUUACCAGCAGUCUCUACCAAUUUUGGUGCGACUGGGCGAGGAAUAUUUCAUUCGACUGGGCAGUGUUAAUCAGAAUGCACCGCCGUCCACACUAAACGCGUUCCCUGACGCAUCGUCUGCUACCAUCAACAGAGCAUUGCAAGUGCAACUUACUCAGCGUCUUUUGCAAGGCAAAGUUGGCAGCAUCAAUCGGUUCGUGAGCAGCAAUGGUGACCACAAGGAAGACAGAGUGGAAAAGGGAAAGCGUUCAGAGGAUCCUCCCAUUUCACUGGAUCUGACUUUCCAUCUCCUUCGAGAAGUGUUAGAAAUGGCACGAGCCGAGCAGUUAGCUCAGCAAGCGCACAGCAACAGGAGAAUGAUGGAACUCAUCGGGAAGUAAAUGUAAAAUAAAGCCAGCUGCCAAAGAAAAAUUCCAUUUAGCACAAAAAAGUCCAUAUGAUUAUGUAUCACAGUGCUGCUUUUCUAUUAUUUGAUUUUUUUUUUUUAUAGCUUUAAAUUUCAAAGUGAAAGUGCAGAGGAAUUGUAUUCCGUUUGGUGGUAUUCAGACUGUAUUAUGAAUGCAAGGAAAAUUAAACAUAGUCAUUUUUUUAAUUUGUAUAACUUUUAACAGUAAUAAUUAAAAAAACAAAAACAGUAACAUUUUACACAAUCUUAACAUUUUUUGUAAGAAUACCAAUUGAUAUCUUUGGAGUAUAUAUUUGGUAGCUAUUUCACCAAUUGCAGGUUGCUGUAUUUCGGAAAUGGAUAU